AUGGCGUCGCCGUUGCGCUUCACCGACCUCAUCGACGACGUCUUCUACCUGAUCCUCGACGACCUGGACACGGCCGACAUCCUCUCGCUGUCGCGCUGCUGCCGGCCGCUGCACCUGCGGCUCGAGCCGCGCCUGUUCCGCGACGAGCUCGCCCGCGACCGGGCUCUUCGCUGGGCCUGCCGCAAGGACCUGCCCAGCCUGGUGCGCCGCGCCGUCGCCAACGGCGCGCACGCCUCGGCGCCCAUCCGCAAGAUCAACCGGCACGCCUGGGACUCCAUGGUAUACAGGACGCUGUCGCUGCGCAUCGCGGCCAAGUUUGGCAGCCUGGGCGCCUUCGCGGCGCUGCUCGACCUCGGCGCCACCACCGAUGUGCGGCUGCCGAGGGAGGUGACGGACAACAACCGCUACGAGUACCUGCACGCGGACGACGAGAUCGCCUCCCUCGCCAAGUCCCUGUCCCUGAAGAAGCAUGCGGCCCUUCUGCGGGUGUUUGUCCGGUCGGGGGCGGCCAGGACCAUGCCGCCCAUCGACGGGACGUCCUUCCUGGACCAGUGCCUGCUGAACGCGCUGCGAUCCGGCGCCUCGGUCGAGUCGGUCGAGUGUCUGCUCAAGAGCGGCGCCAGCCCGAGCAGGCUGCAGGGCGAGCGCGGCAACAACCCGUGCCCGCUCGCCCUGGCCGUCAUCUGGAACCGCCCGGUCGUGGACCUGCUGCGCGAGCACGGUGCGAGCAUGGAAGGCAAGGCGAUUCCCAGGAACCUGGGCCUCAAGUGGUUCCACAUCCCCAUCUUCGCCGCGGCGCGCCAGAUGCACGAGCACGGCACCGAGGUGGUGCAGCGCCUCCUCGACGCCGGCAUCAAGGCCAACCACUGCGCCGACGUCUCCGUGCGCGGCGGCCGGCGCAAACCCCUCGCGCUGGACAGCGAGCUCCGCGCGCACGAGUCGGACAAGCAGACCAACAUGUACAGCAGCGGCGCCCCGAUGCCGGUCUACAUCUACCUGGACUCGAUCACGUCCUGGGAGGCGGACCAGCGGCUGCCGCCGACGGAAGGGCUGAAGUUUUGGCUGAGGAACGGGCUGGACGUCGAUUCGGGGCUGCCGGUGCACCAGGAGCCUCCCAGGUGCGGCUGCGCGAAACAGCAAAAGCUGACGGCGCUGUCUGCGUUCGUCACGGCGAAAUGGACCUGGCAGACGCACCAGCAUGAUGAGUACUUUCACGUCCUGGACAUGCUCACGGAGCCGCGGCUGGGUCGCGACGCUGUCCCGGCGUUGGAACCGCAGCGGUGCAUCAGUGGAAAGGCUCUCCCGGCCUCGGCCGCGGCUCGCCAUGCCAUCAUCUGCAACAAGCAAAUGCUACUGCGCGAUACGGUAGCCAUGGUCGAGCAAGGCAGCUAG